UCAAAUUAAAUCUAGUUUUAAAAAUGAGAGACAAAUACUUUAAAUGUAUAAAAUAUUUCUUAAUCCUAUGGACAGUGGUGUCCAUAGCCUGUGCUCUCUUCACAAUAAUAUUCAGCUCCCGUAUCGCCAAUGAAUGGAUGGAUAGAUACUAUCCGGAGGUAAACCAAACCUCAAAUUCAAGCCAUAGCCACAACCAUCACAAUCGGUGGCGGAUGUCUGUCCACUGGACACAGGGUAACCACUCGGCACCGGGCAACUGGUCGGCCUACUUGGCACACGUCAACCAAACGCACUGGAAUUCAACGUUUGAGUUUAAUUUGGAUGGCCUGGGUGAGGCACUUGGUAGAGGCAUCCAUAAAACAUCCCUGCUACUUUUCAUCAUUCUGUGUGGCGUAUUUACUGUGCUGUUCAACACGUUGGGCUGCGUGGGUAUCACCCGAGCCAUACCAUGUCUGGUG